GAAAAAACAAAAUACUAUUGUAGGGAAAAUAUUAAUUUUCUAACACUAAACUCCAAGAAACCAGGCUUAUGAAACGAACUCUUGAAAUGUUUUUAGCUAGCUCUAGCCAGUAAGAAUAUACUUGAAAGGCCAUGGCCAUGGGAGAAGAAGCAGAAGAGCAUCAACAGACACCGUUAUUGUUGACUUCUGAUCAGAUCCCAUCCAAGUCAACAAUACUAUGCAAUCCAUUUUCAAUCAAGAGAACUGGGACCGCAUGGACUGCUGUGGCACACAUAAUAACAGGAGUGGUAGGGUCAGGGGUGCUAUCACUAGCAUGGAGCAUGGCUCAGUUAGGAUGGAUUGCAGGUCCCUUGGCCAUGUUGUUUUUUGCUGCAGUCACUCUUCUUUCCACUUUUCUUCUCUGCGAUAGCUAUCGAUCCCCGGAUCCUGAAUUUGGCCCCUCAAGAAACCGGUCUUACCGUGAAGCUGUUCAUAUAAUAUUAGGAGAAAAGAAUGCUUUGAUUUGUGGCUUUCUUCAACAAGUAGGCUUAUGGGGGAUAGGAAUUGCAUAUACUGUUACUGCUGCUAUCAGCAUGAGGGAGAUUCAGAAAUCAAACUGUUACCACAAACAAGGACAUGGAGCUGCUUGUGAAUAUGGAGACACUUUAUAUAUGCUGCUAUUUGGAGCUGCUGAGGUUCUGUUGUCCCAAAUACCAGAUUUCAACAGCAUAAAAUUUCUAUCAGUUGUUGCUGCAGUCAUGUCAUUCACCUAUUCUUUUAUUGGAUUUGCACUUGGUUUUGCCGAAGUAAUUGGAAAUGGAUAUGUCAAGGGUAGCAUCACUGGAUCCUCAACUCACAGUGUAGCUGAUAUAUCUCAAGCUCUUGGCAAUAUCGCAUUUGCAUAUCCAUGUUCCCUUAUCCUUAUCAAAAUCCAGGACACUUUAAGAUCACCCCCAUCAGAGAACAAGACAAUGAAGAAGGCCUCGAUGAUAGCAAUGACCGGUACAACAUUUUUCUACCUCUGCUGUGGAGGCUUUGGUUACGCAGCCUUUGGAGAAGAUACUCCGGGAAACCUCCUGGCUGGAUUUGGAUUAUUUUCUGGACGAUACUAUUGGCUUAUCAACAUUGCUAAUGCUUGUAUUGUGAUUCAUCUAGUUGGAAGUUAUCAGGUUUUCAGUCAAACAUUUUUUGCCAACAUUGAGAAGUCGAUUGCGGAGAAGUGGCCAAACAUCCAGUUUACACACAUAACUCCCACCUACAAACUUCCAUGGUUUCCAACUUUCCAAAUCAACCUCCCGAGGCUUUGUCUCCGAACAACCUAUGUCAUAUCAACAACCACUAUUGCAGUGAUCUUCCCUUACUUCAACCAAGUUAUUGGAGUGAUGGGAGGGUUGAAUUUUUGGCCCUUAACUAUAUAUUUUCCCGUGGAGAUGUACUUUAAGCAGAGAAAAAUUGAAGCAUGGACAAUUAAAAGAAUCAUGCUUCGAGCCUAUACCAUUUUCUGCCUUUUGGUUACUGCAUUUGCUUUGAUUGGAUCAAUUGAAGGAUUGAUGAGUGCCAAAUUGUAGAAUACCUUUUAUCUUUUCUCCAAACAUGGGUUUUUUAUAUACCAAUUACAGGAAUGGACUUGUUGCUAGUA